CGAUCUCUUCCUUCCUCGGCGGUUUCUCACUACAUAAGAUGGCGUCCAUGAUUGCCAGAAUCAGGGUUGGCUCUGUCUCAGGUCGAAUCCCAAACUUGAUUCUGGCAUGCUGCCUCACUAGUUGCCAAAUCUGGGAAAGCGUCUACGAAUACGUCACAACUGAGACUCUUACGCAUAUAAGCCGUUGAAAUGCGAUUCAUAUCCUCUCCAUCCUACAAUUGACCAACGAACCCUCUCCUCCACACAUACCACACUUCGUGUCUCACCCAGACUCACCUGCCCAGUUACUUCAAAUAACGUUUCUUCAAAAAUCGAAAUGGCCGGACUUCUCGGGGGCGGAGGUAACAACAAGAAUGGAGGCGGUGGAGGGCUUCUGGGAGGAGUGUUAAACACGGUCAAUGACACGACAAAAGGCCUCCCGAUAGUCGGCCAGGUCACAGAUCCUCUGCUCACCACAGUUGGUGGUGUUACAGAUGGACUGCCAAUUAUUGGGAGUGGGGGAGCCAGCAAGACCCAGGGCGCUUCGUCGGGUCUGACACCAGAGCAAGCUGCGUUAGCGAAGAAGAAACGUAUGAUCGCGUUGAGGAAGCAGCAGUUGGCCCUCGAGGCUGAGGAGGCGGCGCUGGAAGGCUAGAAGAGUGAAGACGGAAAUAUUAACUAAUUUUAAUCGCCUACCUGCCCGUGAAGGCAAUCUUUUAUGGCAAUUAGCUUUUCGCUCUUUGAGAAUACGUCCUUCUCGAAUGGCGGUAUGCUUCUAGGCCUUUAAUUAGUGGUAUCGCGAAACGAAAAACUUGUUUUAUUAAGGUCCACCCUAAGCUGCUUCUUCAACCGUCUAGAAUGAGUUUUGAAAAUAAAUAUAGCAUCGAACUUCAC